UCAUCUUUAUAGGACUGUAUUGGAGCUAUUGAUGGUACACAUAUUUUUGCAAUGAUACCAACUUCUGAUGUUCCAAGCUAUCGUAAUCGCAAAGGAUUUAUAUCACAAAAUGUCCUUGCUGCUUGCAACUUUGAUUUGGAGUUCAUGUAUGUUCUUAGUGGAUGGGAAGGAUCAGCUCAUGAUUCAAAAAUUUUAAGUAAUGCUUUGACAAGACAUGGUAGCAGAUUAAUCGUUCCAGAAGGAAAAUUUUAUCUGGUAGACUGUGGAUUUGCAAAUCGUCAAAAGUUUUUAGCUCCAUUCAGACGUACUCGCUAUCAUUUACAAGAAUUUAAAGGUGAAGGCCGUGAUCCUAAAAACCAAAACGAGUUGUUCAAUUUGCGGCAUGCAUCUUUGAGAAACGUGAUUGAGCGAAUCUUCGGUAUUUUCAAAUCUCGUUUUUUGAUUUUUAAGUCGGCGCCUCCUUUUCCUUUUACAACACAAGCAGAAUUGGUUUUAGCUUGUGCUGGAUUACAUAACUUUCUACGGAAGCAUUGUCGGUCUGAUGCUUUUCCAGAGGAAGUGAUCACUCCAAACAAUGACCAAGCAAACUUUGAAGAAGUUAUACAUGUGGGUGCUCUCGAAUCUCAACAAAGAGAAUAUGCUAACAACUGGAGAGACUCAAUAGCUUUAAGUAUGUGGAAUGACGCUGUAGAAGCUGGAAGUCAGCGUUAAUGGUUACUUCUACGUUUCUCAAUGAUUUAUAACUUAUUUUUUCAUUUGUGAUGGUGUUAUUUUCUGGAUUUAUCAUUUUAGAGAAACAAGUCACAUUAAAAUGAUAUGAUUGAGUUAUAAAUAAAACGUGGUUGAGGUUUGUUGGUAUGAUUGUUUAUUCAUGCCACGUUUUGGUCAUUGAGAAACAUGAUUGUUAUUCAAUAGGAAAAACAAAACGUGGUGGUGCCUCACAUAUAAACAAUCACGUAUGAUAAAAGAGAUAUUGAUUUUGUCAUCUCAACUUUAAGAAUACAUGAGUUAACUAUAGUAUUUUGAAAGUUAUGAGUAAUGAGUUAAAAUGUAAUGAAUCUUUGUUCCAAUAACACCAUAAUUUAAUAGAA